AUAGUGUAGUGAUCCUCACUAUAUGAGCCCCGUCACAAUUCCGACCAAGUUACCCAAUUGAUGCCAAUGGUGCGAUGCGUAGGUUGUUCACCUUUAACACAUGCAACCUGGGUUCACUUCCCUGCCCCGCUGUUUGCUACAUUGGUGUCUGAGACAUGCUUUUGUGUGAGCCAGUGUCACGCCUUGGUCUUAGUAUUUUGUGUUUUCGUUAUUUAUUUGGUCAGGCCAGGGUGUGACAUGGGUUCAUUUUGUGGUGUGUUUUUGUAUUGGGGUUUAGUAGGUAUUGGGAUUGUGGUUGAGUAGGGUUGUCUAGCAUAGUCUAUGGCUGACUGAGGCGUUCUCAAUCAGUGUCAGGUGAUUCUCGUUGUCUCUGAUCGGGAACCAUAUUUAGGUAACCUGGGUUUCACUGUGGGUUUGUGGGUGAUUGUUUCUGUCUCUGUUUUCACAAGAUAGGCUGCUGGUUUUCGCGGUCCGUUUGUUGUUUUGUUACUUAGUUAUUUCAUGUAUCGUUCUAUUUUCAUUAAAGAACAUGAGUAACCACCACGCAGCAUUUUGGUCCGCUCCUCUUUCAACAGACGAUCUUCGUUACAGCCAGGCUGGUUGAAUGAGUUGUCUAUGAAAGCUACUUCAUCUGUAAGAAAACAGGCGUCUGCUCCAGUGACUGGGUCAGAUCUCUAAAAUGAGUCUCUCUGGGGAGAGAGAGGAGGGGGCCCUGCCUCUAAAAUGUGUCUCUCUGGGGAACAUGACAUCAAACCUAAGAGACCAAUCCAGCAGGAGAGACCAGCCUCCCCUGUUCCCAGCUGUGUGUCCAUGAAGAGUGACCGGUCUAUGGAUCAUCCUAUAGAGUUUAGAAAGGGAGACUUUUCUACUGAACAAAGAAACCAACAGGAGAGGUCAGAGAUUCUCAGUUGUCAGUCUUCCCAGAGUCAUCAAACAGACCUGGCCUCCAUAUUCAGUUUGCUUGAAGAGAAUAUUAUGACAUUUUUGAAGAACGAGCUGAAGAUGUUCAAGAGGAUUCUUAGUCCAGAACUCCCAGAAGGCUUUGAGAGUCAGAAGCAGGAUAAGGAAGUGGUGGACGUUGAAGAUGAGAAGCAGGAGAGCAGUGCCAGAGAGGGGGCUCUGAAGAUCACACUGCACAUCCUGAGGAAAAUGAACCAGAAGGAGCUUGCUGACACACUGGAGAAAUAUUCAGAUGAGCUUGCUGUGAUUUGCCAACGUGAACUGAAAUCUAAUCUAAAGAAGAAGUUUCAAUGUGUAUUUGAGGGGAUCGCUAAACAAGGAAACCCAACACUUCUCAAUAAGAUCUACACAGAGCUUUACAUCACAGAGGGUGGAACAGGAGAGGUCAAUAAUGAACAUGAGCUGAGACAGAUUGAGACAACAACCAGGAAACAAGCAAGACCAGAGACUGCAAUCAAAUGUAACGACAUCUUCAAACCCUUAACUGGACAAGACAAACUUAUCAGAACUGUGCUGACAAAGGGAGUCGCUGGCAUUGGAAAAACAGUCUCUGUGCAGAAGUUCAUUCUGGACUGGGCUGAAGGAAAAGCAAAUCAGGAUGUCCAAUUUGUGUUUUCAUUCCCUUUUCGGGAGCUGAAUUUGAUGAAAGGGGACAAACACACUUUCAUUGAACUUCUUCAUCACUUCUCAAUGGAAACCAAACAAUCAGGAAUCUCCAACUAUGACAAGUACACAGUUCUGUUCAUCUUUGAUGGUCUGGAUGAGUGCCGACUGCCCCUAGACUUCCAGAAGAACAAGAUCUGUUGGGACGUCACAGAGUCAACCUCAGUGGAUGUUCUGCUGACAAAUCUCAUCAAGGGAAAUCUGCUUCCCUCUGCUCUCAUCUGGAUAACCACCCGACCUGCAGCAGCCAAUAAGAUCCCUUCAGGGUGUGUUGACCAGGUGACAGAGGUACGAGGGUUCAAUGACCCACAGAAGGAGGAGUACUUCAGGAAGAGAUUCAGUGAUGAGGACCUGGCCAGCAGAAUCAUCUCACAAAUAAAGACAUCAAGGAGCCUCCACAUCAUGUGCCACAUUCCAGUCUUCUGUUGGAUUUCUGCAACAGUCCUUGAACACAUGCUGAAACAUAAGAGAGAAGAGAUGCCCAAGACUCUGACUGAGAUGUACACACACCUUGUGGAGUUUCAUACCAAACAGAAGAACGAAAAGUAUCUUGGGAAAGAAGAGACAGGUCCACACUGGAAUAAAGAGAGCAUUCUGUCACUGGGAAAACUGGCUUUUCAACAGCUUGUGAAGGGCAAUCUGAUUUUCUAUGAAGAAGACCUGAAAGAGGCUGGCAUUGAUGUCAAUGAAGCCUCAGUGUACUCAGGAUUGUGCACACAGCUCUUUAAAGAGGAAUGUGUGCUGUACCAGAACAAGGUGUACUGCUUUGUUCAUCUGAGCAUUCAGGAGUUUCUGGCUGCUGUAUAUGUGUUCCUCUCAUUCAUCAACAACAAUGAGAAUCUAAUGGACAAACUGCAAACAAACAACGAGCCUGAAGUUACUUUCUACAGGAGUGCUGUGGAUAAAGCCUUACAAAGUGAGACGGGAAACCUGGACCUUUUCCUCCGCUUCCUUCUGGGCCUCUCACUGGAGUCCAACCAGAAGCACUUACGAGGUCUACUGACAAAGUCAGGAAGCAGCUCACAGAGCCAUGAAGAAACAGUCAAGUACAUCAAGGAGAAGAUCAGGGAGAAUCCCUCUCCAGAGAGGUGCAUCAAUCUGUUCCACUGUCUGAAUGAACUGAAUGACCAUUCUCUAGUGGAGGAGAUCCAAAGCUACCUGAGAUCAGGAAGUCUCUCAAAACCCAACCUAUCACCUGCACAGUGGUCAGCUCUGGUCUUUGUGUUGCUGACUUCAGAAAAGGAGCUGGAUGUGUUUGACCUGAAGAAGUACUCCAGAUCAGAGGAAGGUCUUCUGAGGCUGCUGCCAGUGGUCAAAGCCUCCAGAGCUGCUCUGCUGUCAGGCUGUGGAGUCACAGAGGAAGGCUGUGCUUCUCUGGUCUCAGCUCUGGAGUCAAAACCCUCACACCUGAGAGAGCUGGAUCUGAGUAACAAUGACCUGAAGGAUUCAGGAGUGAAGCUGCUCUCUGCUGGACUGGGGAAUCCCCACUGUAAACUGGAGACUCUGAGGUCAGUAUUCCUGUAG